AUGGCUAUUAUCAAGACACUCGACUUAAUUGCGGACAGGAUCCGGAGCACGGGGGCCGGAAAAUACCGGGAGGUGCUAGAGGACUGCACCAAGAUGCUGCUACUCUACGUGGCCGAGCUCGUGGGUGCGCGCACCGUCAAGGUUUUGGCGGCGACAAGCAGGUGA